CCAGCAUUAAACAUGAAGUUCUUCGCUCUGAUCGUCGUUUCACUUGUGGCCUUUGCCGGCGCCUCCUGCCCGAAUUCCGGCUACUCGGCACCUUCCAGCUACUCGGCUCCUUCCGGCUACCCUGCUCCUCCGUGCCCAAAGAACUACCUGUUCAGCUGCCAGCCAAAUCUGGUGCCCGUGCCCUGUGCCAAAGAGGCGGCGCCAGCGGCUUAUGGAUCUGCUGGAGCCUACAGCGAGCAGAUGCCACUUUACACUGGAUACCCAAACCAGCAGCAGUACCAGCAGUAUCAGCAGAGAGUAGGAUCAGCGGCUUUGCUUGAGGAACUGCGUGGAUUUAGCCAGGGAAUUCAGGGUCAACAGUACUAGAAGGGAGGAUCACUAAAUAAAUGAAGACGAACUGCAGUUUCAUCUAUGAUGAAGCGACGGGAAUAACUCUUAAGCAUUUGAAAAUCGAUUAUUAAAAAGCAAAUAUA